AUGGCGUCCUACAUUGCUUUCGCCUUGUGUUUUAUUGUGUUUCCGGCAUUCUUCUCUGCCACUAAUUGCAAAUUCUCUGAACAAUCCCCUAUAACCUUAACCAUGAAAGGCAUGGAGAAAAAGACCAGCCUGCACUUCUACUUCCAUGACAUUCAGAGUGGAGAAAACCAAACAUCUACAGAAAUUGCUCAGCCUCUAAAAAUGACGGCAGCUGGCAACUUGUUUGGCAGCACUUUUAUGGCAGAUGACCUGCUGAGAGAAGGGCUAGAACCAACUUCGAAGCUUGUAGGAAGAGCACAGGGAAUUUAUGCUUUUGCUUCUCAACAUAAUGCUGCGUUGCUUAUGGUGAUGAAUUUUGCUUUUGUGAAUGGUAUCUAA